AGUUGACCCCUUAAAUCAUGAGUUAGUUGAAUCUUGUGAUUGUGUCAGAUCUUCUCCUUGUAAUGCAAAAUAUUGGCCAAGAAAAUUAUUUCAUUAGUUAUUUAUAUAUUUUUAGUUUGAUUUGGAGUUCAAAGUUUUUGCUUUUUUUUUUUUUAAGAUAAUUGAUUGGCCAAGUUCUUGAACAGUGUUUGAUAUUAUUAUAAGAGCAGUGUCAAAGUCAUCCUUUUUCUUGCUGCCCAUUUAUUGCACUUCUCUUUUGCUUUCCGUUCCUCUUCACUAAAUGCUCUUUGCCUCCCCUUUUCUUUAAUCUUCCUUGCUUUUCGUCACUGUAUUUGCAGGUUUCUCUCACCGUCCUGCAACUAGGGUUUCCCCUUUGAACUCUCACAUCUGUCAAUAAAUUAAUUAAGCUUACCAAGUUUCUCAUCUUUCAACAGCUGACUGGAUAGUCUUUUUCAUUGGCAAAAUCAAAGUCUCUGGAUCUUGAAAGAGCCUACACGAGAGGGGUAAACAGGUAGUAUUCCUUUUUACCUGAUAAAAGAAACCUAGUCAAAAAAAGGUAAGUACAGGCAGCCCAGCUACAAGAUCUUUUCAUUUUUGCUUAUAUUCUUCAUCUUAAAGCACUCUGCUCAAUUAAGGUUAUGUUAUAGAAGAAGAGAUUAAUGGUUUAUAUACUUGUGAUUCGAUUCAAUAGGUAGAAUAUCUGUUAACAAAUGCCUCAACACCUUUAAGGAAGAAUAUAUACAUAUGAUGAAGGCUAUAAGAUUGCACCAUAUGAGAGAUCCCACUGAUGACAACUUCAAAAAAAAGGAUCUGUCUACAUUGCAGUAGGUGUAGGAAUUAAAAUUUGGAGAGAGAAAAUGGGGAGGAGGGGGCGUGGGGGCUGUGUCAUGUUGCAGCCAUGGAGCUAUUGACUAAAGGUUCAAAGAAUCCCCACACAGGAAACUAUCCCUGUACCCUGAUGUAUUCUGUUUUGACUAUUUAUUAUCUUUUAUUAAUUUCAUUUUAUUUAUUUAUUUAUUUAUUUUUACUAUAGGGAGUUUUUAAGUAAAUUUUGGAGAUGAAAUAUUCACACAGUAGUAUCAGAUUCAAGAAAGACUGCUUUUCAGGCCGAAAAGUAAAAGUUUGAAAAGGAGAUGCAUAACUAGGGAGGAAAACUGCUGUCAUGAAAAAUACUUGUGCUGCUAAACUGGUCAUACGCAUAUGCAUGUGCUCCAAACAAGUCUCUGUAUAAUAUAAAUAACAAAGGUUCUGCCCACAUCAAUCACCCUUGGUCUUCAGAUUAUCAAAAAAUAAUCAUAAUAGAUGGCUUCUUCAAGCUAUUCCAAUUCUCCUUGUGCUGCUUGCAAGUUCCUACGGAGAAAAUGCAUGCCAGAUUGCAUCUUUGCACCAUACUUCCCACCUGAAGAGCCUCAGAAGUUUGCCAAUGUUCACAAGAUAUUUGGUGCAAGCAAUGUCAGUAAGCUCCUCAAUGAGGUCCUUCCUCAUCAGAGAGAAGAUGCUGUCAACUCUCUUGCCUACGAAGCUGAGGCACGGAUGAAAGAUCCAGUCUAUGGCUGUGUUGGUGCUAUUUCAGUCCUCCAGAGGCAAGUUAUUAGACUCCAAAAGGAAUUAGAUGCUACAAAUGCUGAUUUGAUCCGAUAUGCCUGCAAUGAAAUGCCAGCAGCAAACCCCCAAUUUGGAAGAAGAAUGGGUCAUGGAGGGGUUUCUUAUGAUCAAAGUUCUGGUAUAUAUUAUCCUUCUCCAUGGAAUAAUGACACUUGUGGUGAGAGAGGAGAUGGUAGCAUUUAAGCUUUCCAAGCCUGUAUAAAAUCGGGAUUAUAUGUGCUAUAUUAAUUAUUAGCAUGGAGAAUACCUAUUUAGGGUUUCUUAUGCACAUGACUCAUGCAUUGUCAUGGUGAAGUAUGAUUUGUUACCUUGUAGAGAGAUCUUUCUAUAUAUAUAUAUAUAUAACAUGUGAGACUGUACUUUACUUUUAGAUCAUUUUCUCGAGUAAA